CUUGUGUUCCGAUCUACCAAUUUCUAUCUUACAUUGUAGUAUCAAUCUUAGAGAUUCAUCUGUACAUCGUCCGUUCCUUGGGUAUGGGAUCUCUACUUGUCAUAUCUGUGGUGGCAGCGGUGGUUCUCCGUUUGCUCUGGACGCUGGCCGUGAACUUUCAGCAUAGGCAAAGAGCCCACCGAUGGGGUUGCGCCCCACUUCCCACCUACCCUAGUGAUCUAUUAGGGAUUGGCCUCCUCAAGGAGCUCUUGACGGCGCACAAAGCUGAUGCAGUCUGUCCGAUGCUCGAGCAUCGAACUGCGCACAUCAGUGCGCGCGAAGGACGCUAUGUGACUACCUACGGGUGGACGACCUUGGGUCAGGAGACUUGCUUCACCAUCGACCCCGAAAACAUCCAAGCGGCUUGCGCGACUCAGUUCAAAGAUUUCAUUACGGGCGAAGUGCGACUGAAAAUUAGUAGCCAGCUCGCUGGUAAGAACAUUAUGUCUGCAGACGGAGAGGAAUGGGCGAAGUACCGCGCUAUUCUACGUCCCCAGUUUUCUCGCAACCAGAUCAGUGACCUGGGUCUCUGUGAACGCCAUGUGCAAAACGCAAUGUUAGCAAUUCCAGCGACCAGAGGGCAGUGGACCGCACCCUUGGAUAUCCAGGAAAUCUUCCGCCGGUUUACCGCUGACUCCUCGACUGAAUUUCUCUUCGGGAAAAGCAUUGGCAGCCAGAUAUCUGCCAUCACUGGUAGGGAAACAGUAGAGGCCGAUUUCGCACGCCAUAUUGAUAAGUGCAUGGAAUACGUUGGAAAACGGGCUUACUUGGGACCCUUGUACUGGCUGGCCAAUAACCAGGAGUCCCGGGCUUCUGAAAGCAAAGUUCACAAAUACGUGGAUCAAUAUGUGCAGGACGCUAUCAAGGCCUUUCAGGAAGGGAAGCUCCAGGCAGACCCCGAGCGGUCGCCUCAGUACAUCUUUCUCCACGCCUUGACUACCGUCACGCAAGAUCCUAUUGAGCUUCGCAAUCAUGUUAUCAGCUUGCUCAUCGGCGGUCGCGACACCACCUCUAUCCUGCUCAGCUGGACGGUCCUACUUCUUGCCCGCCAUCCGGAUGAGUUUCAGAAGCUCCGCGAAGUAGUUCUCUCAGAUUUCGGUCCCUACGAUACCCCUCGCAACCUCACGUUUCAAUCUCUCAGAUCCUGUAGCCGUCUGCAAUAUUGCCUGAAUGAGAGCCUUCGGUUGUAUCCAGGCAUACCAGUCAUUAGCCGCAUCGCGGUCAAGGAUACUACGCUCCCCCGUGGUGGUGGUCCUGACGGCUUGCAACCUAUCUAUGUGCGCAAAGGUCAGCAGAUUGUGGGCGGCAUAUAUCCCUUGCAUCGGCGCAGGGAUCUAUGGGGCCCCGAUGCUGAUUAUUUUAAGCCUAGCCGGUGGGAUGGUCGUAAAACAUCAUGGGAGUAUCUUCCUUUCAAUGGAGGACCAAGGAGAUGCAUCGGACAGGAGUUCGCCUUGACGGAAGCGGGAUAUGCCCUUGUUCGCUUGGUCCAGCGGUUUGAUGGGCUGGAAGAUGUUAACGCAGACGAAGAGAUUAAACAAAGGCUGACCUUGACGAGUUCUCCUGCGCAGGGUGUUACUGUUCGGUUGCAUGCGCCACAAGGAUGA